AGUGACUUACCGGCACCAUCAGCUAGGUCAAAAAAGAUAGCCGAGUUGAAAAGCAUGGCGGAUGUUAAAACUGCACUGGGUAAGGACGCUACAAGUACUUCAAAAGCCUCGACAUCAGCGAGCAGGAAGAGGAAACUCAGUACCAUUAGAUCGCCAUCACCCGCCAAGAAAGUAGCACGCACCAUUGCCACUGCAAAGAGAAGAGUCAUUUCCAUCGACAAAGAUUGUACUCAGACCAGAUCCAGAUCUGUAUGUCCACGAACAGGCAUCUGUACAGUUUGUCACCCUACGUCAACAUCAUUAUCAUCGGGACGUGGAAAGAAACGUACGUCACUUCCUGUCACCAUUCCCACACCAACUACUGCCAGAGGUAAAAGAAUGACGACGGAAAAGAAAAUUCCGGUCAAAACUCCCAGUGUACGUGUUUCUGCGUCUACUUCAGCUACGCCGAGUGGGGACGUAGAUUUGGCUAUCGGAAAAGCAGUGUCUAGAAAACAAGUUAGACGUUUAGUUAAGAAAUCCAUCGCCGUGAAUAAAUUAAGAAAGAUGUAAAUAAAAUAUAUAUAUAUAGCGCAAUUCAGAACACUUGAUGUCAUAUAAAGUAAAUGUUGCUUGGUAUGAAAGUACAGAAUUGGCGUCCUUGAGACGAGGCUUGAU